AUGGAUGCGAUAUCCUUCGUGCUAGGCAUCAAGUCCGCCCAUCUGAGAUCCACACACUUGUCAGAGCUGGUAUAUCGAGGCAGAGUGUUGCGCAAGUCAGUCGCAAAUGGCGACGUUGCGACGAACGGCGUGAACGGCCACCAUGAGGAAGAAGAAGGUAGCCAGGUCAACGGCACACAGGAGCGCAACGAUCCGAAGUCAGCCUGGGUCAUGGCCGUGUACGAGGACGACGCUGGAGAAGAGCAACGCUGGAAGCGUACUAUCACGAACCAGGGCGUGUCAGAAUAUCGUCUGAAUGAGCGUGUCGUUACCGCUCAGGCGUACAACGAAUCUCUCGAGACAGAGAAUAUUCUCAUCAAGGCCCGCAACUUCUUGGUUUUCCAAGGCGACGUCGAAGCGAUUGCGAUUCAGAAGCCACAGGACUUGACAAAGCUCAUUGAGCAGGUAUCCGGCAGUCUCGAGUUCAAGGCUGAAUACGACAAGCUCAAGGACGAGUCGGACGAAGCCGCCGAGCAGCAGACCUAUCAGCUGAAUCGCCGCCGGGGCAUCAACUCCGAGAAAAAGCAGUAUGAAGAGCAGAAGAGAGAAGCAGAUAAGUUUGUUCAAAAGGCUGCUGAGCGCGAUGAGGCGAUUGUCACUCACAGUUUGUGGAAAUUGUUCCAUCUGCAGCGUCAAAUUGAAGAAUCGAGCGCAGAGAUUCAAAAAUUCCAAGCCGAGCUCAAGGACUUUCAGCGAGGCAUUGAGAAGUACACGAAGGACCUCGACACGGCGAAAACCGAGCAUGCGAAGUCCGCCCGCGCUGUCACCAAGGCGGAAAAAGAAAUCAAGGCGAAAGAAGCAGAGAUCGAGGACAAGCACUCCUCCCUCGUUCCGAUCGAUGAGCAGAUUUCUGUAUCAAAUAAGGCUCUGUCCAAGUACCAGUCACGCAUAAACACUGUCAACAAGGAACGAUCGACACAGGCCGCCAGUGUAGACGACCUAGAGAAGCAGAUCAAAAAGGUCGACAGCGCACAAGCUCGAUGGCAGGAGAAGUGGGAUCAAGAUACUGGCAAACAUAGUGGUCAAUUGUCCGCUGCCGCGUUGCAGCAAUAUUCAAGACUGCGCAGAAUCAACCGCCUGAAAGCCGACCGAGCUCCCGUCGAAGCGAACUAUAAGCAUCUGAAGAACGACCUGGAGACCGAAGAUUUCAAGCUGAAGGCCAUCGAGAACGACCUGUCAGCGUUGCGAACGAGUAAGGCAAACGUUGCCGACUUCGUCAAGCAGACGCAACUUGAGAUCACCGAGAAGAAAAAGGAGCUCAAUGCCGUUAGGGGCAAGCGUAUGCAGAUCUCUCGGCAGAAGACAGAGCUAGAGGAGAAGUUGCAGGACGUCCUCAGAAAGCUGGUUGAGGCCGACGACGGACGAAGAGCUACCCAGAAAGAACUUGCCAUGCGCGAGACUAUCUCGAUGCUGAAGAGAACCUACCCGGGCGCGUGCAUCGAGUACUUGCGAGACCAUCGCUCUGGCCAGGCAACGUUCCUUCCCCUGGACACCAUUCAGGCGAGGAGCGCCAAUCCUAACCUCAAGGGCAUGCACAAGGGAAUGCGUCCCGCUCUUGACACUAUCGACUAUGGUAACGACGUGGCUCGAGCCAUUUCCUCGGCUUGUGGCAAUGCCAUAGUCUGUGACACCAUGGAUAUUGCUAAAGAGCUAGUGUUCCGUCGCAAAGUCGAUGCCAAAGCAGUCACCUUAGAUGGCAAUGUCAUCCACAAAGGAGGCCUUAUGACUGGUGGCCGAGGCCGCGAAUCAAAUACUCGCAAAUGGGAUGACGCCGAGCUCGAUAAGUUGAACAUGCUGAAAGACAAGCUGAUGAAUGAUAUGUCGGCGCUCCCUCAGGAGAGAAGCCAUCAAGUAGAAGAACAGACUUUGACCUCGGAUCUGACCGGACUCGAGGGUCGACUUGCAGCAGCCGAGGAGGAGGAAUCAGCUUUUGAGCGGAACAUCGAAGGAAAGGCAGCUGAGGCAAAGGCCAUCAAAGAGAAGGUCAAGAACAAGAAGCCCCAGAUGCGUGAUCUAGAAGGCAAGCUCGAACAGAUUGACGAUGACAUCCAAAACUACGAGGCCUCGGUUAUCCAGGUCGAGAACGAGGUCUUCGGUGGAUUCUGUGCCGAGCACGGAUUUGACGACAUACGCGACUACGAAGCCCGGCAAGGCUCUCUGCAACAGGAAGCCUCCACGAAGAAGCUGGAAUUUGUUCAGCAAAAGACUAAGCUGGAAGCAACGCUUUCCUACGAGAAGAUGCGCUUGGAAACAAUCGACGAACGCAUACGCGCGAUACUGGACAAGCAGCAACGCGACCGGGAUCGCAUCGACGAGCUGAACAGCGAAAAGCAAGGCAUCGAGGACGACCUGAACACAUUGGAGGCCGAAUUGCAGGACUUGAAUGGUGCUCUCGCUGAAUUACAAGAAGACUAUGAGACGAAGGGUCAAACCCUCGCCAAGAACAAGCAAGAAGUUGCGAAGAAGACCAAAGAAAUGGAUGGGACCCUGAAAUCCAUCGCCAACCACGAAGGUGAUAUGCAACGAGUCUCACAGCAACGCUACGCCCUCUUACGCAGAUGUAAGAUCGAAAACAUCGAGAUUCCUCUCUUGGAAAGCUCAGCAACACUUGAUUCCCUUCCUAUCAACGAAAUGCAACACCAGGAUCCCGAUGCAAUGGACGUAGAUGACGACGACGAUCCGACUGAAUCCGCACUCCAAGCAGGCAACGCCGGUUCCGAUCACGGCAUCUUCCCCGAUUUCGAAGUCCUUGACUCCGACCUACAAGAACAAUUCAGCCCCGAAGUUGACGCAGAGCUUCAGGAAAACAUCACAAAACUCAACGCGGCUCUAGAGAAGAUGCAGCCCAACGCGCAUGCCGCUCAGCGCCUGACCGCCGUGCAGCAGCGGCUCCGCGACACUGACCAAGAGUUUGAGAACUCGCGCUCGAGGUAUACGGAAAAGAAGAAUGCGUUCGAAGAAGUCCGCACCAAACGCAAUGAUCUCUUCCAGAAGGCCUUCAGCCACAUCUCGGAACAGAUCGUGCCAAUCUACGCCGACUUGACGAAAUCCGAAGAAUACACCGCCGGCGGCCGCGCCUAUCUCACUGCAGAUGACGAAGAGCCCUACCUGGCGGGAGUGAACUACCAGACCAUGCCGCCCGCAAAGACAUUCCGCGACAUGGAGCAUCUGUCCGGCGGAGAAAAGACGAUGGCCGCCCUAGCAUUGCUCUUCGCGAUUCACAGCUAUCAGCCUUCGCCAUUCUUCGUGCUUGACGAGGUAGACGCGGCUUUGGACAACGCCAAUGUGGCGAAGCUGGUGAACUAUGUGCGUGGGCAUAAAGGACCCGGGAUGCAGUUCAUUGUGAUCAGUCUGAAGACAGGCUUUUUCCAGGGCAGUGAGGCGCUGGUUGGAGUCUAUCGUGAUCAGGGUGGGAAUAGCAGCAGAGCAUUGACGCUUGAUUUGCGCAAAUACGACUGA